CUGCACUGCAAGCUUCCAGGUUCCCUCUAACCCGCCCAACCCAACCAUCACCAGCAACGAAACGACGACCUAGUCCCGCGGCGAAUCGAGAAACCCGAUCGUGCGAUUAGUUCCGUCGACCUCUGAAUUUACAUCGCCCGUUGAUUUUACCAGUCACCCCGCAGCCAUGGACCACCGCCCGCAAGCUUGGGGUCGUCCCAGAGACGACGUCUACGGUGCCUAUGAUGCGUCGUACCUCCACAACAACGGCCCCAAGACGGCGACCCAAGCGCCCAUCGUAACUGGUACCUCAGUCAUCGCCAUCAAGUUCAAGGACGGCGUCGUCAUGGCGGCCGACAACCUGGCCUCCUACGGCUCCCUCGCCCGCUUCACCGACGUCAAGCGUCUGCGGACCUUCCUCUCGACCUCAGUCGUCGGCUUCGGCGGCGACGUCUCCGACAUGCAAUUCCUCGACCGGCACCUCAACGAACUCGCCAUCGACGAGGCCUACGAGCACGACAUCGUCAGCAGCGACGCCGCCUCCGCCGCCGACCAACCCUCCACCGCAGCCACCGGCCAGCUCAACGCGGGCAACCUGCACAAGUACCUGUCCAAGCUGAUGUACCGGCGGCGCAGCGACUUCGACCCGCUGUGGAACCAGGUGCUGGUGGCCGGGUUCGACGCGCAGGCCAAGCCCUUCCUGGCGUCGGUGGACCUGCGCGGCACGACCUACACGUCCCCCUCGCUGGCGACCGGGUUCGGGGCGAUGCUGGCGCAGCCCAUCAUGCGGCGGUUCGCGGCGACGGAGGAGGACGCGGCGCGGCUGACGCGCGAGGAGGCGGUCAACGUCGUCAAGGAGUGCAUGAAGGUUCUCUUUUACCGCGACGCCCGCUCGCUGGACCGGUACAGCAUUGCUGUUGUGACCAAGGACGGUGUUGAGCUGAGCGAGGACGAGCAGCUGGAGAAGCAGAGCUGGGCGUUUGCGGAGCGGAUUCGCGGGUACGGCACGCAGGUUGUGUAGAGAAGAGGUAGAUUGGUGGGCGCAGGUUAGGCAGAUGGUGGUAUGAAAGACACGAUGCUAGAUCUGCUCUAAGUUUGCGGCAGUGUUUAUAUGUUCUGCUCGUAGACAUAGCGGAGUUCACAGGUGACAUGGCUGGGGUGAACAAGACCAACAUCUCUGCCACACCAAAACCACGGCACAUCAUUUGUAAUUGUCCAUAACCAGUGUAUUGCUGCGUUAAAUGGCUCGUCCGCCAUGAUAUCUCCUCGC